GUCGAGAAAAUAAAUAAUUACAAGUUAGUUUCAUUGUUUAGCCUGUAAAGCCUGAAGUAAAACUUUGAUUUAAAGAUGGCGGAUGUCGGAGACGUUAACAUGAUGUUACUGGGUCAGUCAAUUCCUGCUACGAAGGUGGAGCUUACUGUUUCAUGCAGAAAAUUGCUGGACAUGGAUACAUUUUCGAAAUCAGAUCCGUUAUGUGUGAUGUACAUUCAAACUACGGGAAGCGAAACUUACAAAGAGUAUGGGAGGUCGGAGGUCAUCAUGAACACGCUCAACCCAGACUUUGUCAAGAAGUUUGUCAUUGAUUACUUCUUUGAGGAAGUACAGAAAUUAAAAUUUGAAUUAUACGACGUAGAUUCCAAAAGCCAAAAUUUAAAGAAACAUGAUUUCUUGGGUAAGUUAUUCUGUACUCUGGGAGAGAUCAUGGGCUCAUCUGGAUGCAAACUCAAGAAACCACUGAGUGGGCCAGCCAAGAACAGUGGGUCUAUCAUCAUCAAGGGAGAGGAGAUGAGCGAUUGUAGGGAUUUGAUGACCAUGCAGUUCAAAGGAGAGCACUUGGAUAAGAAGGAUUUCCUGGGCAAGUCGGAUCCUUUCCUGGUCUUCCACAGAUGCAACGAAGAUGGAACUUUCACCAUCUGCCACAAGACUGAGGUCAUUAAGAACACGCUCAACCCCAACUGGAAGCCGUUUAACAUCAUGUUGAGGGCGCUCUGUAACGCCGAUCACGACAGAACCAUCAAGGUGGAGUGCUUCGACUGGAAUCGCGACGGCAGUCAUGACCUAAUUGGAGUAUUUGAAACCAACACGAGAGAGCUGUCUAGAGGGCCUUGUCUCACCAACAAUUAUCAGUUGAUCCAUCCCAAGAAGCAAGCCAAGAAGAAAGGUUAUCGCAACUCUGGUCUGAUCACUCUCUUGAGCUGUAAGACUGAACCACAGUACACUUUCUUGGAUUACAUCCGGGGAGGUUGCCAGCUGAGUUUUACCGUCGCGAUCGACUUCACCGCUUCAAACGGUGACCCCAGGCAACCCACAUCCUUACACUACAUGAACCCGUACACACCCAACGCAUACUUGAGGGCGCUGUGGGCAGUCGGUGAGGUCAUUCAGGAUUACGAUCACGACAAACUCUUCCCCGCCCUUGGAUUCGGUGCCAGGGUCCCGCCCACCAUGCAGACCAGCCACGAGUUCUUCUUGAAUGGAAGUCCAACGGAUCCAUUUUGUGUCGGGGUUGAGGGUGUAGUAGCAGCCUACCAGAAGGCUUUAUCAACGGUGCAACUCUACGGACCUACGCUGUUUGCUCCAAUCAUCAACCACGUCGCAAGAUUUGCGGCAGCGAAACGAGAUGGAUCUGAGUACUUCAUACUUCUCAUUAUCACUGACGGUUGCAUCUGCGAUAUGGAUCACACUAAAGAAGCCAUUGUCAAUGCUGCAAAACUACCCAUGUCCAUCAUUAUUGUCGGUGUCGGGAAAGAAGAUUUCACCAAAAUGGAAGAGUUGGAUGGUGAUGACGUUAGAGUGUCUUCCAAAGGACAGUUUGCUGAACGGGACAUCGUACAGUUUGUCCCGUUCAGAGAUUUUGAGGGUGGAGACAAUGUGGUUGUGAGCCAGGCUCGCCUCGCCAAGGAAGUUCUCGCCGAGAUUCCUGAACAAAUCACGUCCCAUAUGAAGAUGCGUAAUAUUAAGCCCCGCCCACCCCCCUCGCCGAGUCUUACAAGUCGCCAGAGCUUCAGUACAGGCGUCCUCCGCUGAAAACUGCCCCCCUCCCCC